AUGGGGCCAUCUCAGCUCAUUCGUGCCCCUCGGCCCCGGGGCUUAAGUUCCUCCCACCGCAGGCCAGGUAUAGGUUGGCCUCGGCCCCGGUUUCCCAGGAUGUUUAAGUGUAGCCGCAGAAGGUACCGGCAGAAACCCCAAGGCCCAGCUGCCACCACAACAGCCACCAAUCUUGCCACCAUGGCCACGGGUAUUAACAGAACCCACACUGUCACCACCAGGGUGUGGAUCCUUCCAUCACAAGUUCUCAGACACCUCUGUCAGCCUGGCAGCUUUCUGAUCCUUUAG